UAAAAUGAUAUGAACGUGCAUUCUACCAACCAUCUAAUCUCGAAGAAGCAACCUUUAUCUUUCUCUGACGAUUCAAGUAAAGUUGCUGCCAAUAUAAUUUCAGAUUCGACUUCUAACAAUAAAAAUCAAGCCAUCGGCGUUCGAACAUCGCCAAGAAAGAAGAAUUUUUCCAACAUAGAUAUAAAAGGCCAGCUAAACUGGCAGCUGUUUGAGAAUCACAACCAAGAGGGAUUAGAGCUUAGCAGCGGAAGGAACGACCAUAAUCAGUCCAAUAUUUCAUCAAAUGUUUCAGAGGCAACUGCCAGCAUGGUAAACAGUAUUGAGAAUCAAAAUAGUAUGAAGUCUAAAGAGUCUUAUGAGACAUCCAAUCAGACUCUACAAAUAGUAAAUGACGUUGUUGCCCGAGUAGCACCAGAUAAUCGCUCGAAGCCGGAGCCUGUCAUGUCGAACAAAAAGUUGGUAUCAAGCUAUUCGACUCCAACAUCUUCGAACGCCCCAACAACUCCAAUAACACCGUGUACUCCAAUAAUGACGGUAGAAGAAUUGAAACAAACUUUCCAAUUUGACGAGAAUCUUACAGGUGAAAGUUUUCCAGUUGCUUGUCGUUCAGCUCAGGGAGUACUUUUUAAAAAUAGGCUUGGUUCUGGUAAGAAGGGUCGCUGUAUCAAAGUAAAUAACGAAUGGAUGACUCCCUGGGAGUUUGAGAGUCUCGGUGGACGAAGUGGCAGCAAGGACUGGAAAAGAAGUAUACGCUACCAAGGUCGUCCCAUAAAUGAUUUGAUGAUGGCUGGUUUCAUCUCCUUUCACGCUCCAUCGUGCACUUGCAGAAUUUGCAGUGACGAUCCAUCUGGCGAACCGCUUUCCGAAACUCAAACGGGCUCAGCCUCUGUGAGAUAUUUCACGCCUUACAAACGUAAACCGAGGUCAGAGGCUAAUAUUAUUAACAAUAAUAGCAACAGCAACAACAAUAAUAACACCAAACCGAAUCCCACUUCAUCUUCGCCUGGGCUUUCAAACGCGAAAAAAUUGAAGACCCUCAUCCCCAUCGCGCCAUCACCCGGAAGUUCUAACGGGUCAAAUGGAGGACAAAGACCGCAAUUGAACAAUUCCAAAUCAAUGCCUGCCUCAUCCUCAAUGCUUAACUCGGGACACGACAGUAGCGGAACCCUUUCAUCGACACCCAUCAGCCAGGUUGCUGCUAUCGGAGGAGGCUCUAAUACUGCAAUUUAUCUCAGCAACGUGGACCAAAAUAUUCAGAAUCAGCAGCAGCAACAGCAUCACAUGCACAACUCUAACACGCAACAGCUACUGAGUCACGCUACAAGCAAUGGAAUCAAUAUGAGCUCGAACAUUCUCUCGGGAAGCCAUAACUCGAACAACAGUGGAAACUCAAAUAUCGGCGGAAGUAACAGCUCCAGCUCACUGGCUGCUCUUGUACCUGCUCUGGAGUCAAUUUCAAAUCAAAUAACGCAUCUUGGUAGCCAAGUUGAUCUCAUUUUGAAUGCAGUUAAAAAAGAUUUACUCCGAGAUACUUCCCCUCAAUCAAGAGGAGGAACAGCGAAUGGGGAUAUCAUUAACUAUAUACCUUCAGGUUCCUCGGCAGUCCAGCUGAAAAAUGAAAAAGUGUGCAAUAAUUGUGGCCGAGAGACCACCAGCAUGUGUUCUGGGUGCAACAAAGCUUACUACUGCUCCGAUUUUUGUAUCCAAAAAGAUUGGGGCAACCAUGCUAACUACUGUGACGUGCAGCCCAUCCUAACUCCAGCCUCGCCUCAGAAAAUGCAGAACAUCUUCGGAUCCUCAGUUCUCGGAAAUCUCAGUUUAGACAAUAAUUCCAAACCGCAACAGAAUUCCAACAACAGUGGCCAAGCCACCCAAAUUUACUUGGCCACAGGAGGUCAACAUCAGCAGUCAAACUCAACGCAGAUCAUAAACGCCUCGAACAACUCACUAAAUGCAGUUGGGGGUAACAACAAUAACAAUUCUGGAGGUCAGUCGAACUCAACAAUUGUUCUGAACUCUUCAGGUAGCCAGGGAAUGCAACUAAAACAGCUCAAUUUGAUCCCUAACUCUCUGAACGCUUCUGGAAACUCUUCUAUUAACGCCUCGUCACAAAAUGAUAAUAACAUAAAUGGGAGAAGCACGAACAAUGACAUUGGGCAUGACCAAAUAGCCACUGCCAACAACGUGGCCACACUAGCUGGAGGAGGAUCCAACUCUGGACAGCAGUUCCUGAUCCAAACAUCUUCCGGAGCAACUCUAGUCUUACCUGCCAACUUUCUAACUAACAUUAAUUCAAACGUCGGAGGAACUACAACCAUACCCAUUAGCGACCAGGAGGCCCUAGAAAACCUCCUUGCAUCUGCUUCCUGAUUUUGUCAUACCCGAAGUUACGAUUACGCGAAACUGAUUUCAGUUCCCAAAAAUCCGGCAGCUAUUAGAAUUACAAACAGAUCGAGGCAAAUAGAUCCCAAGAGUUUCGAUCUGAAGACCAGAUCUGAAAGCUUUGACAAAUCCAACGCUCUUCUCACGUGUCUGCAAACCAACAGUCCCAGUCCUGUUAUCAAUUCCUUACUUAUAAUGCAUUUCAUUGCUCUUGCUGAAGACUUAGUUUCUUAGAUUAUCCUUUUAUUUCUUAUUUUCAUACCAUUUCUUGGCUGAAUUAGAGCACAAAUUACUAUGCUGAAUUAAACGAUAAACGCUGAAGCGUUUAAUGAAACAGCUGGUGAACUUAUGAACAUGUUUUAUGAUAGUAAUUGUCUGGUAAUUAGUUAUAUUAGUUCCGAGUCAUGGGUUUGUUUUCUUCGUGGUUCUAUCUUCGUCUUUGAAAUUAAUUUAGCUUUUUAAUAUUAAUUUCCCUUCAAAGGUCACACUUUUGCAAUUUUCUUCAAUGCGUAGAUUAACUUUUCGAAUAAACAUUUCGAGUCAACCGAGUCUUCGAUUUCUGCAAGAUUCGAACUGUUUAUUUUUCCUUCUUUUUAGGUAAUUUGGUGUUGUUAUCUUUGAGUGAUUGGGGGUGAUAAUUAAUUCAUAAAUUGUGAAGUAAUAUAUUUUGAUAAAUUGUUAAUGCCUUUUCUAAUGCAACCCCUUUUUCCUUUCGCGCUAUGAUUUAACUUAAUUCUCAAAUUUUGUUUACCCUUGAAAAAUCAUUUCAGUUCAGAUUAUUCGUUAAUUCAGAUUAACUGUUCGUUUAGAUUCAGUUAGCUAAGUAACACCCUGAAAUGAUUAUGCGGGGAAUCUGAAAAUUACAUCUAGCUUACAUUGAAACUGGUGUCAAAUACCAGAACUUUGAAGUAGCAUCUCUGUUUUGUUUGAAGGCAUUUUUUUAUUUAAAUGAUAUGAUUAUGAUUAAAUCAGUAGUCUCCCAAAUAUAAUUUAUAUUUGCUGCCCUAA